AUGGAUAAUAAUGACCUUUUUGAAAAUAUUCCUGAUAACAGUAUGGCUAAAUAUGUUGCUACUACAAGCAAUAGUGCGAAUAUCAUAUCUGACAUUCCUAUUGUUUCAAAAAGAUCUAGCACUAAACUUCCCUCUCCCAUUAGACACUAUUUUUCACAAAAAACUAUUGAUAAUCAGUCAGUAAUUUGCAGUAUCUGUAAAAGUGAAUUUAGCGUAACUAUAGCUACUAGUAACUUAUGUAAACACCUUGACUCUCGACAUCUAGGCUGGGAAACAAACAAAUCAAUACCAAUUCAACAA